GCUUUGCUUUUCGCGCUCGUUACCUUUUCUUUUUGUUCCUUGAAACAAUGCUUAAACAAAAAUCGUCACGUAUUAAUCGAUUUUCUGCUGCUACCAAUCGACACCAGCGUGUGUUCGUCGACAACGGAAGCGGCAAUGGUGCUUUACCUGCCGAAUACGCCACACGACUGAAUUUCUACUCGCAUCCUCCACCUGCCGAAAUCACUAUUGAAGAAUUUGAAACUUAUGCGCUUGAUCGUCUUCAAGUAUUGAAGACUUUGGAGACGGCGUCAUUACGAAAUAAGCACGGCCCUGAAUACAAAAAACAAGUGGAUCAAGCACUUGAAAAACACUUGCCUUUGAAAUCCAACAUGUCGAGAUCACCUACUCUAUUAGAAGAACGUCGAAAAGAUCAUAUAAGUCAUUUCGUAUUACGCCUUGCUUAUUGCAGAAGUGAAGAUCUUCGCGCAUGGUUUUUACGACAAGAAUGUGCGUUGUUCAAAUUUCGGUUUGAGCAGGAGUCGUUGGAAGAAAAGAAGAAUUUCGUAUCAAGUCUCAACUUGAGCUGGUCAAUUGUUGAACAUGCUGAAAAGGAUCAAUUGUUGGAUAAACUGGCUGCGUGUACAGUCUGGAAAGCAGGCAAAACUGCUCAGGCAGCACGGGAUAUGGUUAAUAAUGAGACAUACUUUAAGGUCGAUUUCGAAAAGGUGCCGGAUCUGAUAGGCCGACGAGCUGUGUAUAUGGCACAAGGCAAAGCCUACGUGCCAAUGUCAGAACAAAUAAGUAUAGUCAUGGAUGAAUUUAGAGCAAAACUAUUGGCAGCACUCGAGGCUACUUCAAAAGCCUUACCGCGCAUGGAAGAAGAUGACCGACUCAAGCCCAUAUUGUUAAAUGUUGAAAAGCAGUAUAUUGGAAAGGAUUAUGGCACUUCUGCGAAUGUGAACGGUUCAGUACGUGCAAGUGACGUGGAUCAGCUGGUCCAUCUUCACGCUCCACUCUGUAUGAAACAUAUGCAUUCUUCUCUUCGAGCGGAUAAGCACUUACGGCAUGGUGGUCGCAUGCAAUACGGUCUCUUCUUAAAGGCGAUUGGCUUAACCGUUGAAGAAGCUUUGGUCUUUUGGCGCACAGCAUUUUCAAACAUUACGGACGACAAGUUUCAAAAGGAGUAUUCAUACAACAUUCGCCACAACUAUGGUUUGGAAGGCAGACGCGUUAGUUACGCACCAUACAACUGCAUGAAAAUUAUCUCUGGAAAUCCACCCUCUACAGGUGAUCAUCACGGCUGUCCAUUCCGACACUUCUCACAAAACAACUUGGAAUCCAAGCUUUACUCUGAGCGAAUUGGCACCGUAAACGUAAAUGAAAUCAUGAACUUGGUCCGGGAUCGGCACUAUCAAGUCGCAUGUACACGCUAUUUCGAAGUCUCUCAUGCACAAAAGGGGGAGACAACAGCGACAACAACAGCUAACAAAAUUGAUACCAUUGAACAUCCAAACCAGUAUUAUGAAACCAGCAAACGACUGGCGAAUGAAUCGCUCGCUCCUAAUAAUAAUAAUGGCGAUGCCAUGGACAUCGACCGAUAAUACAGUUAAAUAAUAAAAAGUCUAUUAUUUUAUACGAUGUAAU